GUACGAUUCAACAACACUGCAGACGAGGUCAGUCUGUCGACGGCAACCACUCGUGUUGGAAGUGUUCUGUACCGACGUCACGUUGUCGUUAAUUUAUCGUCUUCCCGACGAGUUCAACUCGCGCGUAUAUAUUUUUAUCCGUGCGGCGGCGUGUUCUUGCAGUGCGCACAUCUUCGGGUCGGUUUAAAAUCAUUAUUUAUUACGACCGUUUUUGACCGAUCCCGAUUGGAUUUUGUACCUUGGCUGAAUAUUUAUUCACAUUUUUUUUUUCCUCGUCCGACGCGUAUCGCGGGUGUGCGGUGGCAGAAGUCAACCCGAACGUAAACCUAUGUGGCUAUACAAAUAUCGGUACAAAAGCGCGGGCGAACCAUCGAGAAAAUGAUCGCCGCCGCGAUUUCGCGACUUUGGCCUGGCGGCGGCGGCGGUGGUGUCGCGGGCCAUCCGUCGCGCUGUACUCGUUACGUUUUCGCGAUGACGAGGACGACGACGACGACGACGACUACUAUUCUGCUGCUGGUGCCGUUUUUCCUGCUGGCCCUGGCGACGGCAUCACGUGCGUCCGACAGUUGUGAUUGGAGCGGAAGCGGACUGACGUCGGAUUCGUCGGAACACUCGGUGCGGCCCGUCCGAUUGGAUCGGUGCUGGGCGGGCACGGUGCGCUGGUCGUACCCGCGCGGCGCGCUAAGGGUGGUGUUCCGGUUGACGGGCACCAGUGGCGGCCGCGAGUUCCGCGUCUGCCUCAAACCGGACCGGCUGGACGGCGUGCGCGUGCUGUUGGACAGCGCGCCCCGUCGGCUGAUCGCCGUGUACGAUUAUCGCACGACCGGCGGCGAACCUCUCAGGUCACGGUGCUUCAAGAGCGUCGGCGGCACGGCCGCGUUCUACGUGGAGGCGGACAAGACGGGCGACCGGUCCGGUCCCGUCCGGUUCCGUUACGAUCUCGAACCGCUCGCCGAGCCCGCGCCCCAACUUUUCGUAGCCGACAACCUCGACGACGAAUGUCGGCCAUGUACUAUAGAAGAAAUGACACAAGCUUACUGCACAAGUAGUUUAGUGGUCCAAGGCACCAUAGUGGGCGUUUCGUACGACGGCGACGUGUCGCGCGUGCGAGUGAUGCCGACCAAGGCACACCGUUUGCCGCCUGAAGAGGACGACCGAGUGGUGGUGCAAGUGUCGCCGCCGCAGCAGCAGCAGCAACAGCAGCAGCAAGAGGACGAGAGCGGACGACCGCGGCGCGACGACCGGCCGAUGACCAUAACGUUCGGCCGGGGUUGCAGGCCUGCCGCUGGGCCCGGCGAGUUUGUGUUCAUGGCCCGAGCCAAAUUCGACGAGUUGGCCCUGCGGUGUGCUCCCAGGUUGGAGGAAUGGCGACAAGCAGUCAAGGCGGACAAAGCUCCCGGCUGCAUUCUAGCCGGUUGACCGUCGAAAUUACAUAGUGCUAUAUACGCUCAUUUGUGUAUAUUUCCGAGACAAUAUGUAGGUACGCGUUUAGUACCUAUAACCUAAGUAGGAACUGUUAUAUGUCACAUGCUAUACAGGGUUACCAGAACCGUUGUUGAAUUAAGUUUUUUUUUUAAAUUUUUUUUUAAUUUUUUUAUUCAAAAGUCAUCAUGUUAUAAUAUUAUGUUAUACUAUUUUGUGUAAGAAUAUACUUGUAAAAAAGGCCAUAUAAAGGUAAUGUGUACAUUAUACUUUCAGUGGACGCUUAAACAAAAAUCGCUUUAACUACUACGGCUAAUGCAUAUAAACGAUAAUCGUUCCGCAAACGAGAAGUCGUCGUAUUGUACUUGCGGAUAUCGCAUAAUCUAAUAAUUAUCGUUUUAAAAGUUCGUUCGGUGCGUGGAGCUUGCAGAAAUUACGUUCGGCCAAAGGGACUCGUCAGUAAGUGAGAAGGAGAAGAAGGAGGAAGAGGAGGAAGAGGGAGGUAAAGGCUCGUGUACAUAGUUUCUUUGACGUAGAACAAAGGUUCUGUGGCUGUGAUUUAAACAUUUUACGAAAAUGUUAAAAACAAAUUCAAAAAAAUAUAAACAAAACACAAUAGACGUGCGCAUACUAUUAAUAUUUAAUACAUUUAUAAUUAAAAAUAUGGAAACUCAACACAUCAAGUCGUGUUUGGUAUAGAUACGUAAUCGUUUAUUUCUGAUUUCCUAUUAGAAAAUAAUCUAGCUCUUGCACCGCUUUUCGUUUAAAUUACCGCAUACUCUAUAUGAUACUAUACGAUGAUAUACUUAAAUAUUGUAUUAUUGUUGGUAAUUUAAGAACUUUAACGCACGCCAAGCGCAACGUCGACGAGUCAAUAAAACUGUAUACGAACGAAUAAAAUAUUAUACUAUAAUAUAUAACGUAUGUACAGAGUUUUGAAUAUUUGUUUUCUAAAAGUAUUAUAAUGAAUCGCAAGAUAGAUAUGUUUCUUUCUUUCGAAUCUCUUAUUUUACGCGAAUGUCACUUUUAUUAUACAAUAUUUUUAUUUUGUAUCCUUUAUUAUAAUUUCUGUAGCCAAAAGGUACUUUUUACUCUUUCCUCUAUUACUUUUAUGUAAUAUAUAUGUGCGAAAUAUACAUGAAUUGUAUAUCGUUAACAUGUGAAUCUAUGUGCCAAACCUUAAAUAAAAAAUAAACGGAAAGUUUCUUUUUAUAGAAGUUAUAUCAUUAUUGGUUCGUAGUUAAAUUACGAUAUAUCAUAUCAAAUGGUUUAUUCGAUUUUAUUAUAUUAUUUUACUUUAUUUAUGCGCUUUAAAAACAAUACCUAAAUUAUAAUUUUAUUACUUC